GAAACUAUUUCAGGCGGGGCUGCGGGGCGGUGUGGAGGCGCUUCCUCCUCCCACAGAACGUGCCCUGGCAAGGCCAGAAAGCCGCUCGCCAUGUCAGCUGCAGAGGCGGGGGAUGUUUUCCACAGAGCCAGGGGCAGGACCCUGGACGCAUUUUCCUCAGAAAAAGAAAGGGAAUGGAAAGGCCCAUUCUACUUCAUUCAAGGUGCAGACCCCCAGUUUGGGCUGAUGAAGGCCUGGUCCACUGGGGAUUGUGACAAUGGCGGUGAUGAGUGGGGGCAGGAGAUCCUUCUCACUGAACAAGCUGUUGAAGCCAUCAACAAGCUGAACCCCAAACCCAAAUUCUUUGUUCUUUGUGGCGACCUUAUCCAUGCCAUGCCAGGAACUCCCUGGCGGAAAGAGCAGACCAAAGACCUGCAGCGAGUACUGAAGGCCGUUGAUCGGGACAUCCCUCUGGUGCUGGUCAGUGGCAACCAUGACUUGGGCAAUGUCCCCACAGCCGCAACUGUGGAAGAGUUCUGCCAGACGUGGGGAGAUGACUACUUCAGCUUCUGGGUCGGGGGCGUCCUGUUCCUGGUGCUCAACUCCCAGUUCUUGUACGAUGCCUCUAGGUGCCCUGACCUGAAGCAGGCCCAGGACCACUGGCUGGACCAGCAGCUAAGCAUCGCAGAGCAGCAGCAGUGCCAGCAUGCCAUUGUCUUCCAGCAUAUCCCACUGUUCCUGCAGAGCAUUGAUGAGGAUGACGACUACUUCAACCUCACCAAAGCCGUGCGGAAGCAGCUAGCAGACAAGCUCACUAGAGCAGGUAUCAGAGCUGUGUUCUCAGGCCACUAUCACAGGAAUGCUGGAGGAUCCUACCAGGAUCUUGACAUGGUGGUUUCAUCUGCCAUCGGGUGCCAGCUAGGCAAAGACACCCACGGGCUCCGUGUGGUGGUCAUCACUGCUGAGAAAAUUGUUCACCGCUACUAUAGUUUAGAUGAGCUGAGCAAGAGAGGGCUGGAUGAGGACCUGAAGCAGCUGCUGAAGGAGUGAUUCCCCACAAAAUCCACCAGUUUUCAAGCUCAUGGUCUUCCAUUUCGCCAAAAUAUUCAUAGCCCCUUAUAGAAAUGUUUGAGUAGACAGGCAGGUUUGUGAACAGAUGUCCUUUUACAUAAAUCAAAGUACGUGGUCCUGUCCUCAAUUAUAUUCAAAAAAGACUGUCUUUCCUUUUAAAAAUCCAGAAAUGAAGGCCGUAGGUAUUUUCUAAUUAUGGUGUGAGACUUUCCAGAGGAUGUUUGGGUAAAUUCUCCUCAUUGCGCAGUUCUGCCCUUGAAUCCCGCUGUUUCUGAGCACUUACAAUCAAUAUCCACCUACUGCCCUCCAUCACAACCCAGUUCCCAAGUGUGAUGUUUAAUAAUUCCUCCAACAAACUGCAUCUGCUUUUCUUAAAUUGUGGUCAUGACUCCCCGAGUGCUAAGAAAACAAAGCACCCCCUCCUUCCUGGCAGACCAAAUUAGCACCACUCCAUCCCGGGGCCACAUGGAUUGGUCAUAACAAGGAACUGCACAGCCACAUUGGCUGUGAACGUCAGGACUCAUGUAACUGCCAAUGGUAUGAGCAUGAUGCAGGUAGUCCAUGUGAGCGUGUGCCUGCCUUCUGAUGCCAAACGUCACCUUCUGGCAUGUAUAGACUGUGUGUUCCAGAAGACCCAAGUGGGGGCUGUAGCAUGAGACCUGCACAGCCCACUGUUUGUCUUUAUUCUGCUGCAGGCAGCCCACAGCAUCAUCAGAUCACUCUGGCUGCUGGGAAAGCUGGACCAACACAGACUUCUGAGAACACAGAAGUCUGAGAACACAGAACUGUGACAGUGGGCAAAUUAUAGCACAUUAAUGCCACUGAUGUGCAAUAUCCCUGGAGAGAAGCCAGUGUGAGUUACUUAAAAUCCCUUUCACCAUGGAACCUGCUCAGCUGCUCCUCUGGGAGCUCUGACCUCUGUGGAUUUUCUUCUGUGCAUCAGCUGUCCUGGUGCUCCAGGAUUGAGGGCCCCUCCAUCCUGCCAGGGAAGUUUUACAGUGCCCUGCAGUGGCACUGGGGAAUCCCAGACUGACUUUAAAAACUCACUGGCUAAAAAUGAACUGCAAAGCCCAUUAAAUUAAAAACUUUCAUGUUAAAAAGUUUUAGUCAAAAUAGCAAAACCAUGAGAAAUUAAAUGAAAAGAUAAUUGGAUAUGUAAAUUCAUAAGGAACAAAAGAUACAAGAAGUUAAUUAUGUUACAGACUGGUGACACACCAGAGCUCAUUGUUAGGAAGCACAAGAAAAUUAAAUUUUUCAGACCGGAGUGAUCUUGUGUGCUUUGCCAUGUUCCUGACUGGUUUGUUUUUUACAGCAGAAUAAGGAGUCAAGAGAGGAUUUGGGUGAGGGGCAUGAAAUUAGUCCACCUGUUCCAAAUCUAGAUCUGAGAUCCCUGGGCCCAAAGCAUGUAUGGGCUUGACUCCAUCAUGGGAGAAAGUUUAAUCAAAGUGGGCUGAAGGCAUGCCCUUUGUCCAAGUUACAUACAAAAGACACAGCCCCAGAAUAAGGACAAGGAUAUGGGAUAAAGCAAUGGAAAUGAAGUAAGUAAAUCCUUAUUCCUAAAACACAUAAAUUGAAGGAGCUGGUUCAGAAACCCAUGACUACGCUAAGGAGAGCAAUGGCGUGGCAUCUAAGUUUUCAGUGGAGCAGCUGCGUCCAGGUGGGGCUUGCUGCUGUAGGGAACACAAAUGUAUCCAUGUAAUUCAGGCAGUAUGCCACUAUUCCAUUCACUCCUUUUUCUCUUGUUAAAAAAAACUCAUUAAAAAAUAAUAAAGCCUUCCUACAUACA